CAACAACUUGGUUCUUCUCUCUUGCUACAUAUUCCUAUUUGGUAUUAUAAUGAUGAAGACUUUGAGCAUCUUUUUGAUUUUUUCGUUGCUAAGCAAUGCAAAUUUGCUUGGACUGGUAGAAGCAAGGUCUCUCAGUACGAUGAGUGCAGCAACUACGGACGCUUUCUUGCCCAUACCACCCAUUGGCAUUGGAACUCCGAAGCAGUCUACUUUGAGCAUUGGUGAGGGCCACAACUUCAAUGAUGCCAAUACUCUCGCUAAUGUCAAAGCAUCUGGCCCAAGCCCGAAAGGCGGUGGUCAUCAUGGCCACAACUUCAAUGAUGCCAAUACUCUUGUUGAUAUCAAAGCAUCUGGCCCAAGCCCGAAAGGCGGUGGCCAUAAGGGCCACAACUUCAAUGAUGCCAAUACUCUCGCUAAUGUCAAAGCAUCUGGCCCAAGCCCGAAAGGCGGUGGUCAUCAUGGCCACAACUUCAAUGAUGCCAAUACUCUUGUUGAUGUCAAAGCAUCUGGCCCAAGCCCGAAAGGCGGUGGCCAUAAGGGCCACAACUUCAAUGAUGCCAAUACCCUUGGUCACAUCAAGGACUACAGCCCGAGAACCAACGUUGCCCACAACUUUGCUGUCGAUGCCGAUACUCUUUCUAAUGUCAAAGCAUCUGGCCCUAGCCCUGGCGGCGGUGGCCAUCAUGGAUGUUGUUAAUGAUCCAGCUUUUUAAUGCUUAGACAAAUGUCGCUUUAAACACAGUGAAUAAAGAGCGAUUUUAUUAAUAUGAAA